UCGGCCAAUCAGCUUUUGCAAAGCGUCCUAAGCUGACGUCAGCCCGGUACCGAUGAACAACCGGUAGCAUUGAAGGGAGCUGUGUGGUAACCCGUUGUUUGUAUCUUUGUCUGCUAAUCCCCUUUUGUUAUCGCAAACAUCAUGCCUUUCGAUGUCAGGAGAUUCGAUAUCUACAGGAAAGUGCCAAAAGAUCUCACCCAGCCAACAUACACAGGAGCUUUCAUUUCCAUCCUCUGCUGUGUCUUCAUCCUCUUCCUCUUCCUGUCUGAGCUGACCGGGUUCAUAGCCACCGAAAUUGUAAACGAACUGUAUGUUGAUGAUCCUGAUAAAGACAGUGGUGGGAAGAUAGAUGUGAGUUUAAACGUCAGUUUGCCAAACUUACACUGUGAUUUGCUUGGUUUGGACAUCCAAGAUGAGAUGGGCCGGCAUGAGGUCGGUCACAUAGACAACUCCAUGAAGAUUCCCAUUGAGAAUGAAAAUGGCUGUCGCUUUGAGGGAGUGUUCACCAUUAACAAAGUACCAGGAAACUUCCAUGUGUCGACGCACGGUGCUACAUCGCAGCCUUCGAACCCUGACAUGACCCACAUCAUCCACAAGCUGGCCUUUGGAGAGAAGCUCUCGGUACAAAAAGUCAAAGGGGCCUUCAAUGCGUUAGGAGGGGCUGACAGGCUGUCGUCCAAUCCUCUGUCCUCACAUGACUACAUCCUAAAGAUAGUACCGACAGUGUAUGAAGAUCUCUCAGGCAGGCAGAGGUUCUCCUACCAAUACACGGUGGCCAGCAAGGAAUACAUAGCUUACAGCCACACAGGCAGGAUUAUCCCGGCUAUCUGGUUCCGAUAUGAUCUCAGUCCAAUCACAGUGAAGUACACAGAGAGGAGACAGCCCAUCUACCGCUUCAUCACAACGAUCUGUGCUAUCGUUGGUGGGACGUUCACAGUCGCAGGGAUCAUCGACUCCUGUAUAUUCACAGCUUCAGAGGCCUGGAAGAAGAUCCAGAUUGGAAAAAUGUCAUGAGGAUUGCUCCCCAGCCCCCUCCUCAUGUCUUUAUUUAUAAGUGAAGUGUUGCUAGCCUGUUAGCUAAAUCCAAUCCCUGCUCAAACCUACUCACCAUGACCAAUGGAGUGGCUCUGGCACUCGAUCUAACUACCAGGCUACACGGCUGCGUCUCAGUUACUGACAGCCCUCUCAAGCUUCGUCUGCUCCUGUGAUCAUCACAUGGGAACAGAGUGAGGAGAGGAGAGGAGGGGACAGGAGAACUCUUUUGUUACUCAAGUCUGGAGUACUACUGUGUGUCAGGGUUUAACCAGUGUGGGUACUUGAAGACUGCACUUGAUUUUUUUAAGAAUGAAGUAAAGAAAAAGCUGAUAUUUGUGCCCAUACACUUUUUUUAUUUGGAGUUAUCAACAUAUGACCAAAAUCUUCAUAUAUUUCCAAUCAUAGGGAAAUGAUCAUUUAGCAUCUACGUGAUUUACAGAGCCUUAUUAUUUUUAUAAUGCAGAAAAUGAGGUCCAUUCUUCUGUCAGUACAUCAGUCUAACCUGUCUGUGUUCAGUCCCUGAGUACUGCAAAGGGAAGUGAUCAUUUGAAGGUGUUCUGCGUGUGACAGACUUUAAAGUGAUCGAUCAAUUUUCAUUUUUCAUUACAAAGUUUUGCAUCAUGUUUCCAGUCCAUCCAUUUAAUCUCCACUACUCAAACGUUGUGCCUCUAUGUUUACUGUUUCACCAUACAGCAUUAUAUUAACUCUAACCUUUGUGUUUUUUUUUAGUGUCUGGUUUUAAAUCCAGUGUUUCUUCAUGUUCUUUCAUGCAUGUUACAUCUUACAGUAUCACUUUCAGAGGGUUUCUUUUCAGGACAGUAAUCAUUGGUCGUAGUUAUAACUUCUUUUUUUUUUUACAUUGGGUCAAGUGUCUUGUCUUUUUCUAUGAGAAACUGAUUUAGUUUGAUUAUUUUUAUACUGUACGGUACUUGUUUUUUUCUAUGAAGUUGUUAAACUUUGAAUUUGUUGGCCAAGAUGUUUUUCCUCUUCAGUCAAUUUGUUUUUCUUAAAUUGUUAUGUGUAAAAGACCUCUGAUUGAGGACAGUGAUAUUCACAGGCCCCUGGUCUUUACCCUGUUAUGCGUUCCUUCAGUAAAGGUACCAGAGAAAUCACUUUGUA